AUGUCGGUCUCACCUAGUCAAGCACCAUUAGGUGAACUAUUGUGUGACAAUAGUUUUGAAUGUGAUGACAUUCUCCCUGCCACUGAUGAUGCCCAUGGAGGAGUCAUUAUAGACUUGAAGGAGCCAAUGGACACUGAAGUUUUUGUUACUUUGCUCAGAACUUCAAUUUCACAAUGGAAGCAACAGGGGAAAAGGGGUGUUUGGAUCAAGUUACCAAUUGCACUAGUUAAUCUUGUUGAAACUGCAAUUAAGGAGGGUUUCUGGUACCACCAUGCUGAACCAAGCUAUCUCAUGCUAGUUUAUUGGAUUCCUGAAACAGGCUGCACAAUCCCGCCAAAUGCAUCCCACCGUGUAAGGGUCGGUGGUCUUGUCUUAAACAAUAAAAAAGAGGUGCUUGUAGUCCAGGAAAAAAUAGGUAAAUUCCAGGGUAUUGGCGUUUGGAAGAUACCAACUGGAAUAGUUGAAGCGGGUGAGGAGCUUUUUGCCGCAGCUGUCAGAGAAGUGAAAGAAGAGACAGGAAUUGAUACAGAAUUUGUGGAAGUACUAGCAUUCAGAGAAUCGCAUAAUUCAUUCUUUGGAAAAUCGGACCUAUUUUUCCUUUGCAAGUUGCGUCCUCUUUCUAGUGACAUCAAAAAGCAAGAUUUGGAAAUUGAGGCUGCUAAGUGGAUGCCAUUUGAGGAAUAUGCUGCUCAACCUGUCACCCAGAAGCACGAGCCUUUCAAGUACGCAAGUGAAUUAUGUUUGGCAAAAAUAGAAAGGUGCUAUGCUGGAUUCUCACCACGACUUAUCUCAUCAUAUUUCAAGGAGCAGUUGAGUUAUCUUUAUUUAAACAGCCAUGACCUGGACAAGUCUUCCAAGUCAGUUUUUCCACCACUUUCUGGUUAUCCUUCUUAUGGAGAUCUACCACCGCCACCUCCACCUCCUCCUCCUCCGCCUUCUGGCUACUCUAUAUAUGGCGCCCCACCGCCACCAAAGAGUAAGUGCCCUCCUACUGCUGCAGGUGUUCAGUGUUGUACUCCUCCUGCUCCUUACAUUUAUGAACCUCCAAAUCCAUACACCUACGUGCCUUAUGGUGGAGGCGAAGGGUUUUCUGGAAGCUCUCGAAGCUAUAGCAUUGUUGAAUCGUCGAAACAUAUUGUGUUGAGACCUGACGACGAGGAGAUAGCCGCGCUCCGUCGCGAAUUCGAAGUUGCAAAACAGAGUUUUCUCAAGAUUCCCGAUGCGCUCAGAAAAAUGCCCAAAAUGAAUCCUAAAGGCAUAUAUGUGAAUAAAAGCUUGAGAUUGGACAAAUUGGAAGUUUAUGGAUUCGACUAUGAUUACACAUUGGCACAUUACUCGUCGCAUUUGCAGACUUUGAUAUAUGACCUUGCCAAAACUCACUCUUGCUAUAAUCAGUUUUCUUCAGCAGAAUGCUCAUCCUCGAGUUGCAGAAAGGAUGCCAUCUGUGCCUGA